AUGAUCCCUCUCCGGUCCGCCAUCUUGAGGCCUGGGCCGCCGCGAGAGGCGCUCCUAUGUUCGAAAUGUUUGGUGCGAUCGCGAGUCUACCCCCCAUCCUCAAUACGAGGGUUUCUUUCGUCAACGAACCGUCGAACCGGCAUCGCGGCCAACCAGCCUGCCUCGGCCUUUCACAAGUCAUACUUCUCUCCUAAUCGAAUCUACGAUGCUACCGGAUUGAAGGGAGGAUUUCUUUCGUCCUUUGCUUCCUCAAAUUCCGAUACCCCGUCCAAUGCCUCCAUCUCCCAACCCGCAAGCGAAACCUCAAUAAACCCGGGCAGCUCAAGCAAAGCAGCAUCGCCUGGAACAAUUGCAACAGAGGCAGCGCAGAAUGUAUUGCCACAUCGCCGGAGGAAGCGCUUGAAGGAAUUAGGCUCAGAAAAUGGCACAGCAGAGGCAGCCAUGCCGCCCGAUGCCUCAGCGCAAUUGUCGGCCUUUUCAUCCGCUCAGCCCACGACUUCGCUCCGCCGCAAGUUCGCCGCGUACUUCGCUUUGACGAAACCGCGUCUCUCUUUCCUCAUUCUCCUUACGACUACAUCUGCGUACGGAAUGUACCCGAUCUCAUCUCUGCUUACACUUGACCCGGCCAUGACCCCACUCCCGACCCUCUCGACUUCGACCUUGACCUUCAUAUACUUGACCACGGGAACGUUCUUGUCGUGCUGCAGUGCCAACACGCUGAACAUGAUGCUCGAACCAAAAUACGACGCAUUGAUGACUCGAACCCGGAAUCGUCCUCUCGUCCGCGGGCUGGUCUCGCGUCGUGGGGCACUGCUCUUCGCCAUCGGCACCGCUGCCGUCGGUCUAGGUCUGCUGUACAUUGGCACCAACCCGACGACUACCGCACUCUCCGCCGCGAACAUCGUUCUCUAUGCCUUUGUAUAUACACCACUGAAGCGGAUCUCCGUGAUCAAUACUUGGGUCGGUGCAAUUGUCGGUGGUAUCCCACCGUUGAUGGGCUGGGUCGCAGCGGCAGGACAAACAGCGACAACUGGCCAUGAUACAUGGCGCGAUAUGCUGUUCAGUGAAGACAGCAUUGGUGGAUGGCUGCUGGGUGGUAUCUUAUUUGCCUGGCAAUUCCCACACUUCAACGCCCUCUCCCACCUCAUCCGAGACGAUUAUAGGCAAGCCGGCUACCGAAUGCUCUGCUGGGUGAACCCGGCCCGAAAUGCCCGCGUCGCCCUCCGCUACUCCGUGCUCAUGUUCCCCAUCUCCAUUGGUCUCUGGUGGGUCGGUGUCGUCGGUCACGGAUUCCUUGUUGGAAGCACAGUCGCCAAUGGCUGGCUUGUCCGCGAGGCAUACCGCUUCUGGCAACACCAGGGUGCCCAAGGAAGUGCUCGCGGUCUCUUCUGGGCUAGUAUCUGGCAGCUUCCUAUCCUGCUAGUUGGUGGUCUUGUCACCAAGAAGGGCCUGUGGGAUGGCGUAUGGAGAAAUGCCUUCGGACAACCAGAGGAAGAUGAUGACGAGUAUUUGUAUUAUGAGGAUGAGGACGAAGCUGUGGUCGAGAGUCCCACACAGACUAGCAAAACCAAGGCUAGUACCCUCUCGACUGCAUGA